AUGAAGGUUUCUAGUACAAUCGCUGCCGCCGGUUCUAUUGCCGGUAUGGCCAAUGCUGUAUCCGUUGAUCCAACUAAAGCCGCUAUGUUGGCUAUGGAAGUUUACAUGACUGAUAUCGUCCAUAAUAUGCAAGAGUAUUUGUCUAUUCACAAGGCUUCACCAGACGAAUCUGUUCCACCAGUUGUCACCAGUGCUAUGAUGACUAUGAUGUUGCACCCAACUGCCGAAUUCACAACUUUCUUCUCAGACAUUCCAUUGAGUGAAAUCGAAUAUAUGAUUACCGGUGUUCCUUGGUUCUCUUCCAGAUUAGAAGGACCAAUCUUAUCUAUCUGGUCGGCUAAUGGCGUUACCCCAUGGGCUGCUUCUUCUUCUGCUGCUACCUCUUCUUCUGCUGCUACAUCUUCUUCUGCUGCUACCUCUUCUUCUGCUGCUACCUCUUCUUCUGCUGCUACAUCUUCUUCUGCUGCUACAUCUUCUUCUGCUGCCUCUUCCUCUGCUGCCUCUUCCUCUGCUGCCUCUUCCUCUGCUGCCUCUUCCUCUGCUGCCUCUUCCUCUGCUGCCUCUUCCUCUGCUGCCUCUUCCUCUGCUGCCUCUUCCUCUGCUGUUGAAUCUUCUUCUGCUGCCUCUUCCUCUGCUGUUGAAUCUUCUUCUGCUGCCUCUUCCUCUGCUGUUGAAUCUUCUUCUGCUGCCUCUUCCUCCGUCGUUGAAUCUUCCUCUGCUGCCUCUUCCUCUACUGUUGAAUCUUCUUCUGCUGCCUCUUCCUCUGCUGUUGAAUCUUCUUCUGCUGCCUCUUCCUCUGCUGUUGAAUCUUCUUCUGUUUCAUCUGCUGCUUCCUCUGCUGCUUCCUCUGCUUCCGUUUCCAUUUCUGCCUUCUCUGAAUCUGAAUCUAGAAACGUUACUACCGCUACUUCUACUAACUACUCCACUAUUGAAAAGACUAUCACUUCUUGUGAAGAUAAUGUUUGCACUGAAGUCACUUCCACUUAUGUUUCUACUCCAGCUUCUACCUCAGUUUCUGCUCCAGUUACUACUCCAUCUUCUAACAUCACUACCACAUACACUACCAGCUUAUCUACUGUUUGGGAAACUAUUACCUCUUGUGAAGAUGGUUGUGAUGGUCCAAACCCACAAUACACUACUAUCGUUACUGCUGUUGAAACUGUCACUGAUGUUACCACCUACUGUCCAGAAUCUGAAAAGACUACUGAAGAAGUUACCACAGUUGAACCAACUACCGUCUGGGAAACUAUCACCUCUUGUGCCGACGGUUGUGAUGGUCCAUCUCCAACUAUGACUACCAUCACUACUGCUAUCACUGAAUCAUGUACCACUUCUGCUGAAACUGCUUACGUUACUGAAGUUUCCACUGUUGAAAAGACCAUCACCUCUUGUGAAGAUGAUGCUUGUGUUACCUCCGUCUCUACUGGUACUGUCACUGUCACCAACGCCCCAACCGCCAAGAAGGAUGAAACCGUUACUGAAGUUUCCACUGUUGAAAAGACCAUCACCUCUUGUGAAGAUGAUGCUUGUGUCACCUCCGUCUCUACUGGUACUGUCACUGUCACCAGCGCCCCAACCGCCAAGAAGGAUGAAACCGUUACUGAAGUUUCCACUGUUGAAAAGACCAUCACCUCUUGUGAAGAUGAUGCUUGUGUCACCUCCGUUUCUACAGGUGCUGUCACUGUUACCACCACCUCUCCAGUCAAGAAAGAUGAAACUACUGUUACUAACGACCAAACUGUCAGAGAAACUAUUACUUCUUGUGAAGACAAUGCCUGUGCUACUACUACUCUUGUCACCAAGGCUGUUACCUCUUCUCCAUCUCAAAAUGUUGUUGAACAAGUUUCUAAGUCAUCUUCCGCCUUCCCAUCUGUUUCCGUCGAACAACAAACUCAAAAUGGUGCUGUUAAGGCCGUUGCUGGUUUAGGUGCUGGUAUCUUCGCUGCUGCUGCUUUAUUAUUGUAA